CCGUAGAUGUUCGUCGGUCAUGUGACACAAAACCCAAACUGUCAAAAUGUCGAACGCUCUUAAAGUUGUGAUGGACCCAGCUUUUGCUGGACUAGACUUAGUGAAGGAUAAAAUAAACUCAGUAUGUCAGAACUUACAACCUUGGCAGGUAGUCCUUUACACAUGUGGUACUACAGUUGUUGUUAUAUCUGUCAAGAAUUUUUUAUUCAAUGAAGAAGAAGAUCUUGUACCUCGUAUGAAGAAGAAAAUCUUCAGACUUGUUAAAAUGAUUCCACAAGUGAAGAAGAAAAUAAAGGAAGAAAAAGCCAAAAUGGGUCAUGAAAUGGAGGAAUCAUUCCACAAACAAGUAGAAGGUUACAUCUUAGCUCUUCCUGCUAAAGGAUUGCCAAUGGACGGCGUUAUCGAUGAAUUAAAGAAAUACCAGAAGAUAGCUCAGAUUGACUGGGAGUCUGGGCUAGUAUCUGGUACAGUUUACAAUGGAGACCCAAAACUUACAGACUUAAUGUCCAAGACAUAUGGGAUGUUUGCCUGGACUAACCCACUACAUGCUGAUGUUUUCCCUGACAUUAGGAAGAUGGAAGCAGAAGUAGUCAGGAUGUGCUGUUCUAUGUUCAAUGGAGAUUCAGAUACUGCUGGAACAAUGACAUCUGGUGGAACAGAGAGUAUAUUAAUGGCUUGUCUAGCUUACAGAAAUAUAGCCAGAGAAAGAGGCGUAAAUAUUCCUGAAAUUAUUGCACCAAUCACAGUCCAUGCAGCUUUUGACAAGGCAGCAUCAUAUUUCCGAAUGAAGUUAACUCAUAUACCAAUAAAUGAAGAAACAAGGAUGGUUGACAUUAAGGCUAUGAGGAGAGCUAUCAAUAAAAAUACAUGCAUGUUGGUUGGAUCAGCACCACAGUUUCCUCAUGGAAUUAUUGACUCAAUAGAAGAAAUCUGUCAGUUGGGAGUGAAAUACAAUAUACCAGUCCAUGUGGAUUGUUGUUUAGGAGGAUUCUUGGUGCCUUUUAUGGAAAAAGCAGGGUACAAAAUUCCUGUGUGUGAUUUCCGUGUAGGAGGAGUUACAAGCAUAUCAGCUGACACACAUAAGUAUGCCUUUGCCCCUAAAGGUUCAUCAGUUAUCUUGUACAGAAAUAAAGACAUAAGACAAAGACAGUUCUUUGUACAACCUGAAUGGCCUGGUGGAAUCUAUGCUACAUCUUCUAUGGGAGGAAGUAGAGCUGGAGCUAUCAUUGCUGCAUGCUGGGCUACACUUGUUUACUUUGGAGAAGAAGGAUAUGUUAAUUCUACAAGAAAAAUAAUCGGCACAACUAGAAAAAUUACAGAUGGGUUAAGAAAAAUCAAAGGAAUGAAAGUAUAUGGAAAUCCAUUGAUGUCAGUAAUAGGCUUUGGUUCAGAUGAGUUCAACAUCUUCAGACUUGCUGAUUAUAUGACCAGUAAAGGAUGGGCAUUGAAUUCACUGCAGUACCCAAACAGUGUUCAUUUAUGUGUUACAUAUGUACAUACACAUGAGGGUGUAGCAGAACGAUUCCUGGGUGAUGUAGAAAACGGUGUAACAGAAAUUAUGAAAGAUCCAAACUCAGAAAUUGGAGGAAUGGGUGCUAUCUACGGAAUGGCUCAGACUAUCCCAGACAAGUCCAUGGUAACAGAAUUAGUUGGAUGCUUCUUAAACGCUCUUUACAGUACAGAUAAACAUUAGUGCAGCCAAGGUGUGAUGUUAUAAUACUCACAUGAUUAUCUUUGAUAUUAUAGUGGAUAUAGUCCAGAUGUUAUACCAUAUAUGUAUUUCUAGAGAUUUUGGUGCCAAGGUUACUGUUUCUUUUCAUAGCCUUGCCAUUUUACAUGUUAUAUUUGUUAUUUAAGAUGAUAUUUGAGAUACUUUUUACAUGUAAAUGGCAAAUCAUACAUGUUAUUUACCACAUGUGACUGUAUGAUGGAUUUGUUUUAUAUAAGAGAAAUGCUGCCAAACAGCAUAUAUCUGCUCUUCAGAAGAACUAUAUCUCUGGAAUUGCACUUAAUUGUUUGAUCUAAUUCUUCAUGAUUUAUAUGUAUAUUUAAAUGUUGUUUAUUUAUUUCAUAGUUGUUUUAUUGUUUAAAGUAUGUUAUGUUUAUUUAGGUUAUUAACUAGAAUGUUAAGAUGACAAUAUUUUACAAAAUCAUCAUGUGAGUUUCAACACUUCUUAAUUAUUGAUAGUAAAAUUAUCAAGCUGCUUGUCAAGUCUUGCUUUUUGAAAUUUGAAAAUGGAAUUGUGUUGCAUUCAUAAAUAUCAUAUCCAACAUUUUGUAAUAAUAGAAUUUGUAAGCUUCCCUUUUAUAAAAGUUUAAUUUGUCAAUUACAAGUAUAGUUUACCAACCUAUUUACCUCGCUUAUAUGCCUGUCUCACGUCUUGUUAAUUUUGAAUUAUUGUAUAAACACUUAAACACAUAAACUAUAAACGGUUCAAUUUCUAUACAAAAUGGUUUGCAAUUCUUGAAAUUAGACAAGUAGAAAUGAGUUCAGAAUGUGUUAUAAAAAUUUUGUCUUUGGAAAAAACCUAAUCUUUUUGAAUGUUGCUUUGCUAAAUUUGACAUCAUAAAUCUUCAUCAAACUUUUGAUAUCAAUUUAAAAUGGCAUGCAUUAAGAAUAUAUCAUAAUGUUUGAAUUUGUUUUACAGUAAAAGAUAACAAAUGGGGACAGCAUAAGUAAGUGCUAUACAGCAUAAUUUACCCUUAGCACAUCUCAUUUCAAUAAAGAUUUAUUAGCCCUGGUAAAAAAUCAUGGUUAUUUGACACAUCUGUACAUCCAGAAUAUAUUUGUAUGUAUGUUAAAGAUAGGUGCUAUGUUUUUGUAAAAAAAAAUGGCUAUUAAUUUAAAUCAAAAGAUAAACAAAUAAAACAGAUGUAAGUUUGUUUGAAACAGUAUUGAUUUAGUGUUGUAAUCAAUGUAAUUUAUGGUUAAGUGUUUUGUUUAAUACAGAUUUGGUUAAGUGUUGUAUUCAGUGUUACUUUUGAUGUUAUUUUUGUAUAGUUUUACAGUCAUCAAUAUAUUGCUAUAAAAAAAAUCAAUGAUGUGAAAAUUUUGUACAAAGGAAUAUUUUUUUCACAGUGACUAGUAAUAAUGUAUCAUCCAUAAAUGCUCAAUAAUUCAAAAUUCAGAAGAAUUGUUUGUAGUUUUCAUUUCAUGGACAAAUCUUUGAUUAUUGAUAUUGAAUUUAAAACAUCACAUAUUUUGAAAUUGAAUAUAAUCUUUAAAUCUGAAUAUAUUGAUGUAAAAUAAUUGGAGAAAUUUUAAUAAUUAUAGUAAGGAACAAAUGUUAAAGUCAGAUUUUCUGUUUCAAGGUUUCUCCACAUUGUUUUCAAGAUCUUUUUUGUUUUUGUUUCGUUGAAACGCUAUUUAAUCAGAUUUAUCUUCCUAUAUCAACAUAAAGCACUUCAAAUAAAUAUCUAGAAUUCACAAACAAGCAAAGUAGCUAUUACAACCCUGUCUCUUUUUUGUAGUUUGCGUAUGUUUGCCUUCUUUUUCUCAUUUUGCAUUCUGAUUAUGUUAAGUUUUUUGCCUUCCCAUCCAUUAAGCCUGAAUGCUAUGGGGAAGAUUUCAAAUUUGUUCAUGAGUUGCACAUUGUUAUUAUUUCUAAUAAAUGUAAUACCUUUAAUUGCUAGCUUGCAAUAAUGCCAAAAAUGUUCAUGUUAUAAUCAGGUGAACUGUGUUAGCCAAUUUCGAAAUCUUGCCCUGCAAUAAAAUUAUGCUUACUGUUUAUAUGUACUAUCUUAUGGAUUCAUUAUAUUUUGUAGAAUAUAUUAAUUUUAAGGGAUCUUGUGGAUAUAGGCCAACUGAAAAUUUAAAGGUUAAACACAGUACAAAUAUCUAUAGGCUUAUGUGAAGACUUUGGCAAAACCUUGAAAUCAAAUAUCCAUAAAAUAAUCAGUUUUUUCCCCAAUCCACAAAAAUUGGAACCCACAACAAUAUAUGAACUCACAGAAACAAAUAUGAUGUUAGAUUGUAUCAGAAUUGCUAUCUUAAUUGUAGUUAGAGUAUAUAUUUAGGAAAAAGUAUAAUUAUAUAAUGUUCCAAACUAUUUUACAAUUUAAGGGAGAGACAUUCCUGGUAAAUAUGUAACUGUUAACACUGGAUUACUAACUUUAUUUAUUUUCAUAAAAGUGCUAGUCUUUAAUAUUUAUUUAUUAUUGUAUAAGUUUUAUUAUCAGUAAAUUAAUGUGGAUUCACUAUUAUUCGUGGAAUACCAAUUUUCGUGGAUUUCGUUGAUGCAGGUCAACCGCGAAUUCAAAUGUUCAACGAAUUUCAAAUUUUCUAUAAGCUUGUAUGCAGAUUUUAGCAAAACCACGAAAUCAAAUAUCUACGAAAAUGCAAGUUUACCUCAAUCCACGAAAAUUGGUUCCCACGAAAAUAAAUGAAUCCACAGUUAUGAUUAUUAUUGAAGUUAUUUCCAAAUAGAUGUCAUGUGACUGUUGUCUCAUUUAUAUAUUUCACAAUUGUCCCAGAAAAUAAUAGCAAGUCAACAAAACAUGAAACCCUCUUAAAAGGAAAUUUACUAGUUUAUAUGACUAGAAAUAUUCAUUAUGUUCUUUUCAAUAUAAAAUGGAACAAAAAAUAAGUUAUGUAUUUAGUAAAAGAUAUCUUUUAAAAUUGUUAAGUGCUUUUUUGUAUUUUUUGCCAAUUGUAUAUCUACCAUGACCUUACAUAGAUGUUUUUCUUGUGAUGUUUUUUUUGUCUUGUGUAAAUGCACAAACAAUGCAAUCAUUGUGAAUAAUGUAUGUAUUAACUACAUUUAUAAAUAAUUUUUAAAAUUGAAAUUUUAUUACAACGAUGCUGGUAUGAAUAUUUGUAAUGAAAAUGGGUAUUACAUGUGUUCAAGAUAAAAUGUUCUUACAGUAAAUUAGAGUACAGUAGAUUAAGACCUUAUUUAAUCAAAGAUAUCUAUAUUUUUAAAUAAGAGUUAACCAGAGAAGAAGUAUAACUUAUAGUUUACUGAAAAGUAUCAGACUUAUUUAGAACUGUAAAUUCAGACGUUUAUUUUGGCAAAAAAUAUGACAACUGAGGAUCUCAAUGGGUAAACCUCAUAUAUGUCUUCUUUCACUUCCAGGGUAUGUAAGUGAUUGAUCCCCCUAUAAACAUAGAUUUGAUUGAUAAGUUAAUUAUUACAUGGGGCACUGUGGCUCUAUUCAAAAUUGGGGUCUUGGCGGUGUGCAAACAUAAAGCCUUGCAUUUUUACCAGAGGUCCUUAAAUCAUAGUAAUAAAUUCACUUUUAAUUUCUGAAUUUACAGAACAGGAGAACACUGGUAUAAUGGAUGAUUGAACAUGUCAAACGUUUCUUUUGUUUUUGAAUUUUUCCUGAUACAAAUGUCUUAUCAGUUUGAUACUUACUAUUGUAUAGUUUAUGUCUCUUCUCAAGAAAGUACAAAAAUAUAAUAUAUAAAACACAGUCUGUAACAAAAAAGAACUCUAUCGAAGAGGAAAACAUUGCUUCUGCAUACCUCAUUAUUGAUUUUGAAUGUAUUAGGGACCAGUCAUUUUAAUUUUGUAUUUUACACUAAUCUAUUUAUAAUGAAAGAGCAUUUGUAGAUCAUUUUAUUUGAUUUUGAAUUUUUAUCAUGUACAUGUAUCUAAAUAAAGUAUAAAAUUAGUGUACAGUGGAUCAAAUUUUAAGUAUCAUACAUUAAUACAUUAGCAUGACAACAGCAAGAAUCUUUGGAGUCUGCCAAGAAUGUCUGGGUUUGUACAUGAAAUUGGAGUUGUAUCAUAUCUUUGCUAUAUUAAAAUGCAAUAAUUAAAUCCUAAAUUCUCUUUUUCUUGAUCAGUCAUAAAUGGAGGUUUUCAUCAAAUAGCGAAAUAUUGUAAAUUAAAAAAAAAAAUUAUAUUUUUUAAAUAACAAAUUAAAAUGCAAAUAAUGGGAUGCAUAUGUAUGUAUUAAGAUUUUCCUUAAAUUGUGAAUAUUAAUCUCUUUUUUUUUUGUACAUUCUCAAAAAAUUGCAAUAAUAAAUGCACACAAUAAUUAAAUUAAUAAAUGUCUACAAACUCUUAUCAAUCCACUGUAUAUGUCUUCUGAUUUAAUAUGUUUUUAUU